AUGGCUGACUCGGUCAGCGGAAAUGGCAACUCGCACAGUUGUGAAUCUACGUCCAGUAACAGCGACGAACAAAACAAGAGGAACGGCGACAUCAAUACCACUGGGCACAGCAAUGAAUCCCAAAACAACAGCCUAGGCAGAGUCGAAGAGGCGAUGGCAAUGAUCAAUAUCAUGUCGAAUGCCCUCCAAGCUAUGGAGACCCGCGACGUCCAAGAACACCCCAAGACUGCCGAGGAGUACGAACUGGUACUGGAAAGCAAGGAAAGUCUUACCAGAAUGCGCAAAACUGCCCUGGCCGAGCUUCACUUUGCCCAAGAUCGCCUUAAGGAGGAGAAGGAAACUAGAAUGGUUGCGGCACUCAACGAGAUCGAAAGGGGUUACCAGCAGUACAACAGGAGCGUUGAGGACAUUCUCGCGCGAGUCAUUGUGUGGAUUGAGGAGUACGAACACGACAACGGGAUGAACACUGGCGUUUCGGGAAACCAGUCUGCAGGUGCGACCUGA